AUGGCUCCGCCAACCACUCCGCCUGCCAGUAGCAAGGCCAAACUCACCUCAUCCGCGCUUCAUCAACAAUCUGACCUUCUGUCGCCUAGCAUGGGCAUGACCAAGGCUAGCGACCAAGACGUCCAUAUGUUCGACGACUCGCCGGCGCACAAGCGCAAGUCUAGCUCGUCUCACCCCGACGAACACCUCCACCAUCGCAAGCGUCCUUCUCGAGGUCACACCACGUACAACCAGAACAAGCCGGUCAUCACUGAGAAAGACCCGAGUCCCAAGAACGUCGGCCCGCAGUACAGCAAGCUUGGUUUGCCCAACAUCACGCCGCAAACCUCACAGGACAUGACCUCCGCAAGCUCGCAACAAGACACAUUCGACGGCUCGUUUGACAGCAAGCUCACCAGUAAGAAGAGGUCGAGCAAAGGGGCUCAGAAGAAGCAGAGGCAGAAGCUCAACAAGAAGGCAAAAGCCGCGCAGCAGCCUCCUCCUACUACUCCUCCUCCCGCACCGCCGGGUCCCGCAGACUCGGAGGUCCUAUCGCUGCAAGAGUUCCUCGACUCUUUCCCAGCACCGCGCGCCGCCAACAAGAACCCGCCGCCGCCGCCCACAAAGCCCAAGAAGACCGUCACCUUCGCCCCCACCACCACCACCAAGCCCGCCAAGCCCGUGUUCGGCCCACCCCUGCUGCCGUCGUCCACGCCCGCCGACGACGAUGCCCUCUCUGACGCCGACACCGCCGCCGAAACCCCACACACCCUCCCUUCAGCCCUCGCUCUCCUCUCCCUCCCCCACGGCACGCCCUCCUUCACCUGCGCCAAAUGCCGCAUCCAGCGGCCGACGCGUCUUCUCUCCCUCUCGCGCGAGCAUCUCACAGCGCAGCUGGUCUCCGAGGGGUGCGCGCCGCUGUGCACGUACUGCGCGGAGCAGGCGGGGAUGGGGACGAACGACGCCGGGGAGCAGGUGCGGUGGUGUGAGAAGGGGGGGCAUGAGGGACUGAGGGAGUGGCAUUGGGGCUGGGUUGGGGGCGAGGAUGGAGGGGGGGAGUGGGUGGAGGGGGUGGAUUGUUUGAGGGGAGGCGGGGAGGCGGGGAUGGGCCAUGCGGCGGAGGGAGGGCAGGAGGUGCAGGGGCCGCUGGGGGGGUGGGGGACGGGCGUGUGGGAGGGGUGGAGGGCGUGGAGGUGGAGUUCGGGGGUGUGGGUUGUGGAGGGGGAUGGGGGGAGGGGCGUGAGGAGGGAGAGGGAGGAGAGGAGGGGAGGAUAG